UAGACGGGCAGUAGUAGAAAAAAAAUCUGGUUGCCAUGAAUUUCAGCUAGCUAGCCAACGACAAAUGUCAUUACAUAUGAGUAAAUACAUAAAUGUCAAGACGGAAGGAGGUUUUUCGAAGUCUUGUGCUGCAUCUUUGUAUUUGUAUGAGCACACCAGCCUGCCUGCCGACCUACUGUGAAUCGAUCCAGCUGGCUCAGUGACUAGAACAAGAAACCUUGGCUCCUUUGUGUGCCAAUUCAUUUCAAGAGCCAGGGAUUUCUAAAUCCAGAAGAUGAACGGUCUGUCUAUAAGAGAGCUAUGCUGCCUAUUCUGCUGCCCUCCUUGCCCCAGCCGCAUUGCAGCCAAGCUGGCUUUCCUCCCUCCAGAGCCAACCUACGCCCUUCUCCCUGACCCAGAUCCAAGCUCUGGAGCUGCCUCAGGGUCCAGCUCCGGGGCUGCUCUGCCCUCUCUCGGAGCCCCAGGACUGCGCUCCCGUCUAAGCACUAGUAGUGGAGGUGACAGGGGAGGUGGAGGUGGUGGUGGUGGUGUAGGGGGAGGUGGCGGAGGAGGUGGUGGAGGAGGUGGCACUGCAGGUGGCACUGCAGGUGGCACUGCCAGCGCCAGCAGUAGUAGCGGUGGAAGUGAGCCCAGGUGGAAGCUUCACCUCACAGAGAGAGCAGAGUUCCAGUAUUCACAGAGAGAGCUGGAUGUAACGGACGUGUUCCUAACUAGAUCUAGCCGAGGGAACAGGGUUGGGUGCAUGUACAUUCGCUGUGCCCCUAAUGCAAGGUUUACAGUGUUGUUUUCCCAUGGCAAUGCAGUAGACCUUGGCCAAAUGAGUAGCUUCUACAUCGGCUUAGGCACCCGCAUCAACUGCAACAUUUUUUCCUACGAUUACUCAGGCUACGGUGUUAGCACUGGCAAGCCCUCUGAGAAAAAUCUGUAUGCUGACAUUGAUGCUGCCUGGCACGCCCUGCGCUCUCGGUACGGCAUCAGCCCAGAAAAUAUCAUCCUGUACGGACAGAGCAUUGGCACAGUGCCCACAGUCGACUUGGCGUCUCGGUUUGAGUGCGCUGCUGUGGUCCUCCACUCUCCUCUUACCUCUGGAAUGAGAGUGGCCUUCCCCGACACUAAGAAAACGUACUGUUUUGAUGCCUUCCCCAAUAUUGAGAAAGUGUCGAAGAUCCCUUCACCGGUGCUCAUCAUCCACGGUACAGAGGACGAGGUGAUCGACUUCUCGCACGGCCUCGCCCUGUUUGAGCGCUGCCCCAAGGCCGUGGAGCCCCUCUGGGUGGAGGGAGCCGGUCACAACGACAUUGAGCUUUACAGUCAGUACCUGGAGAGGCUACGGCGCUUCAUUAACCAGGACCUGGCUGCACAGCACGCCUGAGAAACAAACAACAGCCUCUCUGUUUGUAUGAAUGACAGUGUGACUGAGUGAAUGUGAUGUCAGCAUGUGUGAUUGUUAAGGGUGAGAAAUCUACCUAAACAAAUGUGCGAUUUUUUUUUCUUCUUUUUCUGUCACAUCUGUUUGUCUUUGAAGCGGAACACCUUAAGGUUACUUUUUAACACAACAUAUGUUAAAAUAAUUAACGGUUAAAGGUGAGACCACUUUUUAAUAAGUAACCCGCUGCAUCCAUCUGUGCAGCGGUUUGUUGUAAAACACUAAAACAAGAACUGAGAUCUAGGUUUUUAACAGGGGAACAUUAUGAAUCACAGCUUUACAAUGUGACACAGUAGGCAUCAACAGUACUCUGUCUGUUAAAGGCACACAGAUGUCAUUUUAAAGUAUGAUAUGUUGGUGAAUAUGAGCCGUAGAUGUAAUUGUUAAGUGUGUACUCAUAUCUCCAUGGACACCUGAAUAAUGUGUGAGAGUGCAUGUUUGUAUGUGUGUGAACUAGGCAGUGCUGAAAGAAAUGAAGGACAUCCUGAAGACUUGGACGGAUGAAAGUGAAGGAGGCUUAUGAAGACUUCUCAAUACUUAAACCCCCCCCCCCCCAAACCCCAAUGCGCGUGUUUGAAUGAAGAAUACCUCCGCAGCUCGACCAGUUCUCUCUCCGGUGGACUAACACUGGUCAAGCAGGUGCACCCUACUCCCUUUUCCCCCCUCCGCCUCAUGUUUACCUGUUAAUGGUUAUUCAUCUGACUACCAGGGCAUUUCCCUUACUGUCGUCCAGCUAACACUACCCUACUUGACUUGUGUGGUUUGGGGGUCCAUCUCCUUCCCUUUACUGUCAGUUAUCGUGGAAACACAAGGACUGGUCUGGAAAUCUGUCACAGCUUGAAUAUUUUGUAGAUAUCUUAUACUUUCCCUCAGUUUUGACUCUGAUGAGGUCAUAGAGUGGCCAGCUUACACUUCAUUAUCUGGCCGUGCUGCAAGUUUAGUCUUUUACAGUCCGCAGUAUUGCAACUGCAACUUACAGGGAAUAACUUCAAUUUUGUCUGGAUUGCUUUUUCCCCUCCUAGUCCUCCUACUGUAUAUGAUCAUGAACGAUAGUGUCGUAGUGCAAGGGAAACUUGGGGGCCACACUCUGUUUGUGUUGAUGACGACUCUUUAGCUUUAAUAGAACAGCUGUGUAGGUUUACUUUGUUAUUCUCAUGUCAGAUUUGAUCCGCUCACUCCAGUGUGAAGCCUGUAGACCCUUAAGAAUUUACUGAUGUGUGAUAUUUAUUGAUUGGGAAUAAUUUCGGAAUUAAAGGAGUAGUUCAAAAAUUUGGUAAAAUGCUAGUGAGGUGAGUGUAAGUUGAGAAGAUUUAUACCACUCUUCAUCUGUAGCCAGGGACUGUAUGGAGACAAGAAGUAGGAACAAGUCUACAGCAAACCAUGUGUAACUUUUACAAAUCAAUUUUUGUAUACAUUGAACAAAAAUGAUUCUAAAUGUAGAGGUGCUGGUAGGUUGAUUUGUUACCUUUGUACAGACAGGUGUCCUUUUUUCCAGUGUUUCCAGCCUUUAUACAAAGUCAAGCUAGCCUGUGCACUGCAGCUUGUCAUAUUCAGCGCAUAGACAUAAGAGUGGUAUCAUUCUUCUUAUGUUACCUUCAGCAAGAGAGUCUACUAAGCGUUUCCUAUUGUUCUAACUAUUCCUUUAAGUUCCUAGAGUGAGGCUGUUGAGAUGGUUUAUGAAGAAUUUGUAGUCUUUAUUGGCAAUUUUCCCCUUUCAGAGUGAUAUUCAUUGGCUCGAUUUGGAGGCUCUUAAGGGUAUAAGGUGACAAAUAAGCUGUUCAGUUGACCAAAGUAGGAAAUCUAUACAGAAUAAUCCCUCACUUCAACUCUUCAUGAGAUUGAUUAACCUGUGGUCUUACAGCACAGUUUUCUUUUGAACAAGUGUUGUUCCAGUAGCGCUCAUUACCCAGUUUAGUCCAUCUCCUCAUGCACAUUUCCCCCCCAAUGUUUUUGUCUUAUUGUAAUUAGUCUGAACGUGUUUGUUGUAGUGUUGGGCCAUGGAUUGUGUGUUUCUGAACCUGGCGUGUUGACGUUAUGACUAGCAAAGUGUGAUUCAGAUCCGGUGCCAGGACGAGACGUCAUGCCUCCUCGCUCUGUUUAACCUCAGUGGCCCUAAAUGUACAGGAAGCUCUCUUAUGGGUGGCAGCACGCUCCAUGUGUGACACAAGCCAUAUUUGAGCCUCUCACUGUUGGUGUGGUGCAGGUUCCACCACACGCACCUUUGCACAUCAUCACACACACACACACACACACACACACACUCACACUCAAACACUAUCCACACAUGCAUACACACACACAUUACAAGUACUGUAGUUUACAGUGCAUUUACACAUUUUAUAUAUAUAUAUCAGAUCAAGCAUGACAAAAGCAGGUCUUAAGUUCAGCACUAUUGUACAAAGCAUCCAAAGUGUAAUAAGGGUAUAAAAUGUAAGUUUGUGUGUCUUCAUUACUAUUGACUUGUCUUCUACAGGCCAGCAUCAAGGAUACUAA